AUGUGUAUAAGAGACAGGCUCAAGCUCCACAAAUGUACACCAUAUUCUGAAGUACUGGUGGUUAGUAUUCGACCCUAUUACUUGCCGAGGGAAUUCUCGCAUGUCAUUAAUGUUUUGGUAUAUAUACCAGAAAAAAAGUUCGAAAAGAAUGCGAUAAAUGAGGUUGCUGAAAUAAUUCAGGACAUUGAAUGUUCGCAUUCUGAAGCGUUAGUACCUAUAAAUGGCGACUUCAACAGGUGUAAACUCAAGAAAACAACGGUCACAUAUUAUCAACAUGUUACAUGUGAAACAAGAGACAAUGCGAUUCUUGAUUUAUGUUUUUCAAAUGUGAAAGAUGCCUAUACUUCUUGGCCACUUCCGAACUUGGGUCACUCCGAUCAUAAUUUGGUUUUACUUAGCCCUAGGUACCGUCCACUUAUAAAAACAUGCGAGCCAAAAAUUAUUAAAGUUCGCAAGUGGUCACCCGAAGCUGAAGAAGCCCUAAUAACAGAGUUUGAAAAAACCGAUUGGAAUAUUUUUACUGAUGAAGAAGAUUUGAAUGGUAUCACAAACGCAGUGAGCGCCUACAUAAACUUUUGUAUUGAGAAAUGCGUGCCAGUAAAAACAGUUAAAAUUUAUCCUAAUAACAAACCUUGGAUAACAAAAGCCGUCAAAUUACUUUUGUGUGAGAAACGGCAAGCAUUUAAGCUGGGUGAUACCAAUCGUAUGAAAAGACUGACCAGUGAGAUUAAACCUGAAAUUAAGAAACAGAAGAAUAUAUUUAGGAAAAAAGUCGAACAGAACUUUAAGUCAAACAAUAUGAAAAAAGUCUGGCAGGGUAUGAAACUAAUGAGUGGCUACACAAAUAGUGGUAAUAUACCUACCCCAAUUCCAAAUGUAACAGUGCAAUAUGUAAAUGAGCUAAAUGAAUUUUAUAAUCGUUUUAAUGGUUAUGAUUUUAAGGAAGAGAGGAGGCCCUUGUUUAACUCGUGUCGGGUCACUGAAGAGGACCCUAAAUUUAUUGUUAGUAUUUCUGAUGUUCAUAAUGAAUUCAUGAAACUCAAUCCAUCGAAGGCUGCUGGUCCAGACAAGAUCCCACCACGAGUACUUAAUGCAUGCUCUCCUCAUCUUGAUGGUAUUUUUACUUAUAUUUUUAAUCUUUGUCUCUUAAAUCAUACAUUCCCUGAUCUCUGGAAACUUUCAUGCAUAAUACCGGUACCAAAAAAACCAAAAAUUACUUGUAUGAAUGAUCUAAGGCCCGUUGCACUUACCUCUGUUGUUAUGAAAACUUUGGAACGUCUUAUUUUAAGAAUUAUGGAACCCUAUGUGGAAAAGGUUUUAGAUCCAUUGAAAUUCGCUUAUCGAUCAUCACGGAGUACCAGUGAUGCUAUACUCCAUAAAUUACACAGUCUAUACUCACAUCUUGAUAAUACAAAUAAAGGCCAUUCUGCACGUAUCAUAUCUGUUGUUUGUAGUGUUUGGACAUAUCGCCUUGCUUGUUGGGCUGGUAAUGCUGCCGGAGUGGAUAGAGGACGUAUUGACACUUUCAUUCGUCAGGCUUGUAAAAUGAUUGGUCUACAGUUGCCCUCCAUUAGUGAGGUGUAUCUAGAACAUCUUCAGAAAACCUUCCAUUGUAUUGAUUUAGAUACCUCUCAUCCACUCCAUUAUGCUAUUAUUAACCAACUUAAUCCAAGUGGUAGAAUGAGGCUACUCAGAGCAAAAACAAACCGUUAUGCGAAGUCAUUUAUUCCCUCCGGCAUCAACCAGUUCAACAAGAGGUUUUGA